GUAGUUUCAGUGUCAUAGAACUUCCGCCGCCAACGCCGACAACGGGAAUUUUCGCCCCAAAGCAGUUUCGCGUUUAACGUUUAAAGGCGCGCCCGUCAUCCAUCAAAGCGGCGUCGAAGUAGUCGCAGACGCAUCGCAGCAAAAUACAAAAAAGAAACCGGAAAAAGACCGAUAGUUUCUACCUGAAGCAAAUACUGCAAUCUGCCUUGGCCGGAGAAAGAGGAGAAGCGGUGGAUGAGGAACAGACGGAGGACAAGCCCAGAUCCAGAUUUAGAAAAAAUAAUCUGAAUCCGGCACGAACCGGCAACGGCGGUGUGGUUGUGGUCCAUACGCCAUGAGUUCAUUCAUCGAGCUGCUGGGACUGUUUCUGCUGCUGAUGUUGCCCUUCCUGUACGAGACGAAUCACAUUUUUCGCUAUUAUUUCAAAUUCCUCAUCUACUACGGCAUCGUGUCGUUCAACUCGAUCGUACUUAUACCGGCCUUCCUCACACGCCCCUGCGAUGUGCGCAACCUGCUCUGGGCCAGCACUUGGUGUCAUCGCGUGACAGCGCUGAUUGGGCUGCGCUGGGAGCUGCGUGGCAAGGAGCAUCUGGCCAAGGAUCAGGCCUGCAUCAUUGUAGCCAAUCAUCAGAGCUCGUUGGAUGUGCUGGGAAUGUUUAACAUUUGGCAUGUGAUGAACAAAUGCACCGUGGUGGCCAAGAGAGAGCUUUUCUACGCCUGGCCGUUUGGAUUGGCCGCCUGGCUGGCAGGACUCAUAUUCAUCGAUCGGGUGCGGGGGGAGAAGGCGCGCGAGACCCUGAAUGAGGUGAAUCGACGCAUUAAGAAGCAGCGCAUCAAGCUGUGGGUAUUCCCAGAGGGAACGCGUCGCAACACAGGCGAGUUGCAUCCAUUCAAGAAGGGCGCCUUCCACAUGGCCAUUGAGGAGCAGAUACCCAUACUGCCCGUGGUAUUUAGCUCCUACUGCACAUUCCUCAACGACAAGAAGAAGAUACUCAACGCUGGACGGAUAGUUAUCACCACACUGCCGCCGGUCAGCACAGAAGGCCUGACCAAGGACGACAUUGAGCCGCUAAUGGAGCGUGUACGUUCCCAGAUGAUUGAAACACACACACACAAACCUCAUAAAUACAUCCAAGUAGAUAAAUUAGCAAGGCUUAUCCAGGCACCAGGAUUAGGACUAUUAGUAGGAGCAGCAAUAACCAAAUUGCAAGCCAACAACGACUGUCAGACAUAUGUAAUAUUAUUCUUAGCGACAAACCAAAUUCAACACUGUGCAACAUGACGUCAAGACACAGAUUAAAGUAUCUACUUCCACAUACUCGUGCAUAAAGGAAAAAUACAGAACAACAAUCCAAUCCCACAAGUCUUGCUUCUAAUGAGCACGCUAGCAUUUUCUACUAUAAAAACUCAAAAGAUUAAUAGGAAACCAGAUCGAGUGUUUUACACAUCAGAUAAUAUUCAACACGAUCUCGUAAAUAAUUAUUGACACUAUUGCCGAAGCGGAGACCGAUUUCUACAUGUGCAAAUGUGUUUUCUACUUUAAAAACUCCAAAAAUGAAUAGAAAGCCAUAUAAAUCGAUGUGUUUUACACAUUAGAUAAUAUUCGUAACUAAUUAUUGACACUAUAGCUCAAGCGGAGACCGAUUUCUUCGAUUUCAGCGAAGAGAUAAAAUGUGCUCUGCUCAUUGAGAGUUGAGAGUUGGUACUGUGAGCAGAACGCAAAUGGAACUCCGCGAUCCGUGUUGUAUACAAACCAAUGAAUUUUUCCAUUCAAUGGGACAAAAAUAGAUCCAACGAAAAUUGAUACGCAAUUUUAUUACCAAAACCAAAAACAAUUUUUUGAAUAUUUUGUCAUUCUGUUUUUUAUCCGAUCGUUUUUUAAUAAAUUAGUUGACACUAUCUUUAAACAUGUUCAAUAAGAAUGAUCUGUGUAAACGUUUAAGCACUGUUUUGUUCCAGUUUGUGAUGAUCUUGUUCUUGUGAUUGAAACUUAUCUCAUUUGCCAUACUUUAAGUUGAAAUUUCAACAUAUUUAGAUGAUUCCCUCCUUAUUCUCGCACCUCAUAGGAGCAAUGUGACUAACUCCGAAGGGUGUGAAAUAGAUUCAUAAAAUAUAAUUAAACUAAAUUGUAUUAAAAAUUUUAUUUUUUUAAA